AUGCCGAAACGAAGGUUACGCAAGCGUCAGUCAGACAGAGACACGCCAGAUAUUUCUGGUUCACAUUCAGAUGUUUCCGUUCCAGCCGAUUAUGGACUACUUGAAGGAACCGUCCACCCAACUCGUGUGCCUACCCAGGAAUUCCUACCUCGUGCUUCUUCAGCUGCUAUUUCCGCCUGCCAUUCUUCUGGUUUCGCUCCACCGGUGGAUGGUGCGGAUGAGAAUGAUGCCUUGAACACUUCCGCCAUUGGAGUCAAAUUGGAGUCAUUCCUUCUAAGAGCCUCUAACUAUUUUGCUAAUCUUUCAUCCAGUACUUCACGUCUGAACAACAGCUCUGUCACAGACAAUGCGCCCCUCCUGUCCUCGCUGAUCGAAUUUGCUUUCAGCCGUUCAUCGCAUGUCGCUUUUGGCGAAGAUUCUCGAUUAGCUUUCUCUCAUUUGUUUUUGCGCGAAUGGGAUCCACAAUACGAGACAUUGGAUUAUCCACCGGCAGCCGGACCAUAUGCUGUGUAUGAAAGGGACGAUUUUUUCGAAAAUAUCGGCUACGCUUUGACCCGAAUUCACAUGGAACGCUUGAAAGAGAGCGGCCUUAUGGAAAUUCGUCUCACGUCGCCGUUUACUGGAGUGCCCUGCUCCAGUCUUCUAAAAAAAGCAUCAUCAACUGCAUUUGUUUCGGUCAGUCAACACGAUUCCAUGCAAUCAGUCCAAGAGUUUUGGCACAAACUUGAUCGUGUCGGUCUCAGCGAGCCGACGACCUCUGUUCGACGUAUUGCGGUGAUUGCACUAGAUGCCUUUGUGCUAUUUCUGGGCACAAUCUCGUUUGUGCUAUGCGUUCGAUCACUCGUGCGGGGUUUCUUGAUGUGGCGUCUGAUUCUCCUGUGGUUAUUCUCUACCAACUUAAGCAGCAUCCGAUCCAUAACCUAUCCUCCUCCUAUGCCGGCCCGAAAAUCGCACGACCGAUUGAGUUCGUUCAUCGAUCGGUCGUUUGAGAGUGUACUACCCACUUGGCCACCAGGCAGCUGA